AUGGCCUUACUUGGGAGCAUGCUUAUUAUUGUGCAACUCUCUAUGGUUGUGCUAUUAGGGGCGGCAAUAUUUACACCAAUAGCAUCAGCAGCUAAAGCCCUGCUGCCUCAAGCCAAGCCUGGGUGCCCAGAGAAAUGCGGUAAUCUCACAAUCCCCUACCCAUUUGGCAUAGGUGACGGCUGUUACCUCCGACCCGAAUUCAACAUCACAUGCAACCAAGCCAGCACACACCCAACAUACUUGACCAGAAACAACUUGAGCAUUACUAACUUCUACUUUGAUGAGGCUGAGCUGCAAAUAGCACAUGAUGCAGCCGAUAGCUGUCAUGACGCCCUUGGUAAUCCCAGCAACAGCACCAGCAACAACGUAUAUUACCUGAUGCUGCCUCCUCUUUACACCAUCUCCGAAACCAAGAACAAAUUGUUUGUCAUUGGCUGUGAAGCUUUUGCACUUUUGGAUUUGCAGAUCGCAGACCCUACCCCAGACAAAACAAAAUCCACCCAGGGCUACAGUGUGGCGGCAUGCGACAAUAUUUUAACAAGCAACAACAAAGUUCCCGACACUUGCUCCGGCAUUGCGUGCACCGAAUCUGGCCUCGUUGGUGGAUUGGUAGUCUUUGAGAUGACCCUGAUUUACUAUAGCUUUGGGGAGCAGAACAGGAAUGAAACCAAAUGGUUCUACGAGGAGUACCCGUGCAACUACGCCUUCCUUGUGGAAGACUCCAAGUUUACUUAUGCUCCCAAUACAAGUUUUCAACAGCUCAGCAACAACAAGCAGCUUCCGGUGGUCAUAAACUGGAAAGUUGGGGAUGAGCCGUGUGAUGUAGUUGAAAAGAGCAAUAAUUCUUUAUGCAAGGGAAAUAGCAAGUGUGUGGACUGGUCCAUUGUCCAUGGUAAGCCUGGUUAUAUUUGCAAUUGCUCGGAGGGCUACCAUGGGAAUCCAUACCUCACAGAUGGUUGCCAAGAUAUUGAUGAGUGCGAGACUUCAAACCCCUGCGACAAUGGAACUUGCCAUAAUCUAGAUGGAAGUUACUAUUGUAAAUGUAAUAGUGGGUACAGAAACCACGACCCCAAGACCUGCAUCCCCGGAACAAAGAGCACUGCCCUCAAAAUUUCAUUGGGUGUCUGUCUGAGCUUCUUAGUUUUACUGGUUUUAGUCUUUUGGAUAUAUUGCGGAGUCAAGAGAAGAAAGUUCAAGAAACAACAAGAAAAGUUCUUUAAACAAAAUGGGGGCUUACUUUUACGACAACAACUGACUCGAUACAAUGGAUCCAUAGAGACAGCCUCAAUCUUUUCUGAAGAAGAACUGAAGAAGAUGACAGACCAUUACGAUGAAAAGAGAAAGAUUGGUGAAGGAGGAUAUGGACUAGUUUACAAAGGUACAUUGCCUGCAGAUAAAAGAGAGGUUGCCAUAAAAAUGUCCAAAGUCAGUGCCCCAAUUACUGACAGCUUGGAGUUUGCUAACGAGGUGAUUCUUCUAUCUCAAAUCAACCAUAAAAAUGUUGUGAAGCUCCUUGGUUGUUGUUUAGAGACCCAAACACCUAUUCUCGUUUACGAGUUCAUCUCCAAUGGCACUCUUUAUGAUCACCUUCAUGGAAAAGACGGAAAAGAAAAACUUUCGUUGGAAUCGCGGUUGAAGAUAGCAUCAGGUACUGCAGAAGCUCUCUCGUACUUGCACCACUCCAUUUCUAAUCCAAUAAUACACCGAGAUGUGAAAGCAAUGAAUAUACUAUUGGACAAGAAUUAUGUAGCUAAAGUAGCAGACUUUGGGGCUUCACGGUUGGUUCUGGAAGAUCAAAAUCAACUAGCAACUUUGGUGCAAGGGACGCUUGGUUACUUGGACCCUGAAUAUCUUCAGUCACACAUUCUAACAGAUAAGAGUGAUGUUUAUAGCUUUGGAGUUGUCCUAGCGGAGCUACUCACAGGCAAAAAGGCACUAAUCAAGAAAAAAAAUGAGGCAGAAAACCUGGCAAACGUCUUUGUUAGCGCAAUGAAAGAGGGCCGGCUAGCUGAAAUUCUUGAUGCUGACUUAGUUAAGGAGGAACAUAAUUUCGAGACAAUCGUAGAAAAAGUUGCCAAUCUGGCAAACAAAUGUUUAGCGUUAAGAGGUGAAGAAAGGCCUCCCAUGAAUGAAGUAGCCGUGGAGCUCCUGGGAUUAGUGCAAAUUAUGGGAAAGAAUACGGCUGGGGAAAAGGCUGAUGAUAUCCAACGGUCUUCCAAAGAUUCCGACCACUUGCUCGGGUCACCUGCUGCUAAUUAUUAUAAUUACGUUUUGGAUGUGAGAGGUGAAGUUGGUGAUAGUGAUUCAAUUGCAACCACUACUGCUAGACGACCAAAGCCAAAUGGUGAAGCCUUACGAUCAUGGUCGUUGAUUUGA